CAAAAAUAUAAGUUAACGUAAUAAUAAAUUUCAUAGAUUUACUAUUCCCUCUUCACUCAACAACCCAAAAAAAAAAAAAAAAAAUAUUUACUAUUUCUGUCGGAAGGACAUAAUGAGUGGCAACGAGCAUAAGCAGCAAAAGUUAAACGUAAAGUAUGCUGACCCAUCAUUAAAAUUAGAUAAGGCACAAUUGGAAUUUAUGAAAUUAAUAGAAGAACAAAAUCUAGAGAGGGUGCAAAAAUUGAAGCGUUUACGUCGUAAUAACUUAAUAACUGCUGGUGCAUUAAUAACAUCGGUAGUGGGUAUCUAUGCAUAUUCGAUUUUAUCGGUAAAGCAAGAAAAAUUCUUGGAUGACUUUGAAGAACCUCGAAAAGUGGCCAACUAAUAAAAGCCCCAAACUGCGUAAUCUACGCAGAAUAAUAAAGUUUUAGUAUUUUAAGAGAAUAUAUCGUUAUUGAAAACUUAAAUAUUGUUCGAGUGUGUAAGAAAAGAAGAAGAAGAAG